UGUUGUUGGAAAAAUUGGCGGUUUGUGUUUCACAGCUCCCGAUUCUAAAGUUUGAGAAAUUAACUCAGCCAGUUGAAACUACAUGUAAGUACAACCUGGUUGGAUCUUAUUACGCUGAAUUUAGCUGCUUCUCGGCGGUCUUCUGCUAUUUUUAUCCCGUUUUGUUAUAUGUAAGUUGACGAACACAGAACAAUCUAGGAAGCUAGUGGGAAGUUAGCUAGCAGGGAGGCUAGCUGGCUAACUAUUUUCGUCUCGGAAUAAUGGCGACAGUGCUGCAGAAGAAGAAUGGACAGUAUCUGUGGUUUGCUCUUCUCGGGCUGGGAUUUCAAGCGGACAUUACAACGUCGUCCUUCGCCGGCAAAGCCAACGUUACCGUUAAACACAUUAACGUGGGGCCGAAUAUGUUUGACAAACCAAACAAAGAUGCCUUCUACAUCGUGACCCAUUUCUUGCUGGAGAAACUCAACCCGACUCGAUUUCACGAGGCAUACAGGAUGAAGCUGCGAAUGCUGGAUCUAAAGUGGUGGCGUCAUUGUUUCUCUCACCUGGAGGCCCCAAGUUUACCAGCUUGAUGCUUCAUUUGACCAAUCAUGUCAUGCUGCAGGAAAUGAAGACAUUCACCACAGAUGACAGUUGGAUUCCUGAGGAUGCAGCGACGCCUGCUUCCACCUUGGAUAUGGCAGUUAAGAGAUUCAGUCUGAUCCGUACGAGGUUUUUGAAAACUGCGGUGGAUCAGGAUCGUUUUCUUCACGAGUACCAGAGACGAGCCCAGCUUCUGGUGAAGUCUAUGAGGGACAUCAGAGCAGAUGGUGCCAAGUAUGAUGAGCUACUUAAGCGUCACAGCAGUGAUUCUACACAAGAGGGAGAUUCUCCAGCUGAGAAGAUUAAAAAGGUGCAGUUGUUGUGGUCGACCAUUGAUGGAAUGCUGUCGACGAUCAAAGAGGACAAGAAUGCAGUGGAAAGUGUUUUGAAGGGGGAUGCAGAUCAAUACAUUUUGGACGGGAUGGAUGGAGUCCUCAGAAUUCCUCGUUGUCUGCUGGAGAGAAUUGAAAAGCUUCCACAUCAGUUAAGUUCAGGGAAUGUGUAUGAAGGCGGCCAGCUGAACCUCCUGUGUGUGAUGGAGCUGAUGAACUAUGCAUCACAGCUUCUGAAAGAAGAACGUUUCCAGGUCUCUCAUGCCCCCAAAGCCCAGGUCAGUCCUCAGCAACUACAGCAGAAAUGUCAUCAGAUGGCCCGGAUGCUGCAGGACCUUCACCUCAUCAGGCAGAAGAUUUCUAAGGAAGAAAUUCCUGAAGUCAGGAAUGCCAUCAGAGAGCUGGAGGCAGACUGGGAGAAGAAGUGGAUGGAGACUGUGAAAGAAACUCCCCUCGUCUCUUUUCUGAAUGAAGAUCCUGCUCUUGGCUUCCUCUCUCCAAUGGCUCCACUGUGUUUUGAACCAGCAGCUGAAGCUAGUUACAGAAGUAGCAUCUUCUCCCAGUACCCGGCUAAACUUCUUGAAGAGAAGCCUGCAGAGGGUAAAUCACAGGAGGGUGUACAUCCCAGUUGCUCUGUCAGGAGUUCCUUCCUUGCAACAGCUGAGAGGCCUGGAAGUCCUGUUGCGACCAUGGAAGCACCACGAGCAAACACAUCUCUUGACUGGCUUUUUGACACGCCUCCAUCCCCUCCUGUUAGGGCUCCACCUGUACAACCACCACAGGCCAGUGUGAAAAAGAGCAGCAAUGUUCAUGAGAAAGUGGCUCCCGUUAAGACCAAGGCUCAGAUAAUUGACUUGGAAUGUGACAACCUUGCUGAUCAGUUUGCAGAUGCUAUAGCUACAACCAGUCCAUCAGAGGACAGCGUUAAAGGUUCGGAGUUGGAGGGCCUUCUGAGCUCUCUUCAAAGAGAUCCUUUCUCUACUAGAAAACAGCUGCCGCGUACUCCUGAAAGCUUGAUUCUGGAUGUGAAAAGCUCCUGGAGAAAGGCUGUGGAGGAAGACAACGCCAAGAAAAUCCAGCAGUCAGCUGACUUUGACGGCAGCAUAAUGAGGCGCCUCAGUCCCCUCCCUGAACCCUGCAGUUUGCUGCUGAGCCCCGACGCCGCCUCGCAUAACGUCUCCUGCAGCGUCACCCCUGCUGUGAUGCUCCACGGAGGCCCCCAUGCUGACAGACAGGGGGCUUUACUCAAGUCCAGUUUUUCAUGGGACACUUUUAACGCAGAGCCCUUGGACAGUCUGAGCGGCAGCAGCUCGGUCCAGUUCUCCCUCCAACACGAAACUCUCCCUGAAAUGCCGAGUUGCGACAGUCUGCUGAGCCUUGACGAUGAAACUGUAGAUAUGAGGAGUAAAGAUGAGGAGUUGCUGAUCCCAUUGCUGAAAAUUGAAUCGACUCAUUCACCAUUGACCACACGUCAUCGUCAGGCCUCACUGAUGGAAAAGACACCAGAGUGUCUUGUGUCUGAUUACAAGGGGUCGGACAGAGACUGGCUGAUGGAACCUGCAACAACACAACCCACAGACAAGGUCUUCUCACUGGAUCUAGACGCUCUGGAGACACACUCGCCUCCAAAGAAGCAGGAGUACAGCCUCCCCAAACUCAUCACAUUCUCCCCAAUAGAUGACAUGAAGUGUUAACGAUUCUUACCAACUAUUCUGCUGCCUCUUAAGUUGUCUGUUGUGAUUUUAUUAAUACUUGUAUAUAGCUGGAAAGUGACUUACAUUUCAUGCACUGGUAGUUUUCUGUGUUUAUUGAUUUAAAUUAAUAGACUGAACAUGAACUGCUUGAAUAAAAUUAUAAUAUGAACCACUUUUAGUUUACUC